GAACAUAGAGCAACAAUAGACAUAGCAGCACUCUCUCUGACUUCAUUAACAACGACGCCUCAUCCAGAAUGCCAGCAGUUGGCCCUCACUAGCAGCAUGGACGGUACAACGUCACUUAUAUCAUUAUCGGAGCAAAAAGUGGCUGCUUCUACAUCACACCCUGGGAUAUGGAAAACUGCUAUACACCCUAUCACAUUAGGUCACUAUGUCACGUCUCCUGCAAAGUUGGACUCUCAUUUGAAUGUCCAUAGUGCAAACAACCUCCAUGAGACAGACGACGAUCCUGAAUUUGGCUCUUAUUUGGGUACAUAUGAAAUGGGUAGACCUGCAUUUAUAAUGUCAUUAGAAUUCAGUCCAGACGGUCGCUGGCUCGUCGCAGGUGCACAAUCAGGACAGAGUUAUGUAUUUGACGCAUCUUCUGGCUCACUCGUGAGAGUACAUAGCGCACAUUCGAAACCAAUCCGCUCUAUAUCAUUCUCUCCGGACUCAUCCAUACUGUACACUUCCAGUGAUGACAAGUUGAUCUCAGCUGUCGAUUUACGCGCUUCCACAUCGUCAGGUGCUGUAUUCUCUCUAUCAAAUGUUCACGAUAGUUCAGUGACGGCUAUCUCUGCAGCACCGGAUUCCAAGUUGCUCGCUAGUGGUUCAACUGAUCAUUCCAUCAGAUUGUUCGACGUCGGUCAAAGGGCCUCUGUCGCAAAGAUUGCCCAAGAGGAGGAGGUUUGGUCACUCAGUUGGAGACCAUUAGGCGUUAGUGGUCAGUCUGGCUCUGGGUUUGUUAGUAGUGGGGACUCAGGUGUGGUGAGAUGGUGGAAGUCUGCCGCAUAAUAGAGAAUACAUGCAUUUUUAAAAACUUUAUACGACACUUAGUGCUGUAAUAGUCUGGUUAAUAUAGUAUGAUCAGAAUCACUAGUGUGAAUCUCAAUGUGGAGGACACUUUUAGCUCAAUAUUUAGUGGAGGCGAUUUUAUCUAAAUGCGAUGUAACCAUAAAAAAAAUAUAAAAAGCUUAUCAAAAAUAAUGAUGUAUGCCAGGGACUGCCUUUUUCGAUAUUAAUAGUGGAGGAUGGGCAUACUUCCAUUUAAGGAAAUACAGGGACGAACCUUAUUAAUUGUGUGCCGAAAUUAGUAAAGUGGGUGACGAAAGUAGCC